AUGGCCGAUCUGCCCUCCUCGCCGCCGUCACAAAAGGUCUCGCGUUACCGUUCGCAGCGCAAACCACACCCCCCACCAGAUGAGCUUCGCGACCCGCUGCCCGUGCAGCAGCAUGAAGUCCCCGCCGACGACAGCUUUACUAGAAGCAAGUCGCGUUAUCGGAGAGGGCCAACAGGCGCGAGUAGGCCGGCGACAGCAAGAGACCAGGACCAUGUCGACGUCGUGCCGAGACCAGCCUCCAAACGAGUCGCCUCGGCGGAGCGGACGGCGCAAACGCAAAUGAACAGCAGGCCGCCCAGUCAGCGACAGCCUGGAGGCCUCAAGACGUAUCAUGAACGGACAGUGAGUCCUCCGACACAAUCUGGAACCGUAGAUACGCGAAGGGUCAACGGAGGAGAGCUUGAUUGGGAUGAGGAGGACGGCAGGAGGAAACGACUACAGGAGCGGUACAGUGCGCAGCAAGGCCAGGUUGCUGGUUUGGUAGCAAGGAAGAGGUCCUCACCACCUACCGGCGAACUGUUUCCACCACCGCAGCCGACAGCAGUGAGACCAACAACCCAGCCAGUCGUUCUGGACGGCCCGCCAACUUCAGACCAAAUACGCGCAACUAAGAGUACGAGUGCUCUGCCGCAGUUCAAAGACGACGAAGAUGAGGAGACAGCUGGAUGCUUCGGUCUGUUCAAGCGGAAGAGAGGAGAGGUCGCGCCACAGAACGAAAAGCACACACUGUCGCAUCCUGUUCCGAGCAACGAGCCUGCUACAAUCAAGCCUGGUGGCGGAGGCGUGGUUCCCGGAAUAGACGCACCGGUGUCUGCCGUCAACUCUGGCGACCGGUCGGUUCUGGUAGAGUGCGGCAAAUCGAAGACCGUUUUUCCUGUCACGCCUACAACCACACCGGUGGACAUCAUCAAGACUGCUUCGGUCUGCAUGGCGGAGCGCAUCGAUCUAAAGUCUGCCGUUCUGAUCGAGUCUUUCAUCACUGUCGGCAUACAGCGUCCGCUGCGGCGGUACGAGCACAUCCGAGACGUGAUGAACAGCUGGGAUACGGACCGAUCGAAUGCACUGAUCCUCGUUGACCCUGGCACUGGCAGCUCGGAAGUGGAGUUGAGUGUGGCUGGCGCGCCAAAGCAGAAACCAGAGGACCACAGCUGGUUCAUGUCAUUCUCCCAAAAACCCGGCAAGUGGGACAAACGAUACAUCAGCCUUCGAUCAGACGGUCAGAUCGUGGCUCAGAAGGACCCGGACAAGCCAAAGGAUGUCGUGAACGUCUGCCAUCUCAGCGACUUCGAUAUCUACACGCCCACGCAGGAGAAGGCCCGAAGGAAGAUCAAGCCCCCGAAGAAGAUGUGCUUUGCGAUCAAGUCGCAGCAGAAGUCAAGUGUGUUCGAGUCUACGCAGAACUUUGUGCACUUCUUCUGCACGAAUGAUCGUCAGACUGCAGAUGACUUUCACGCGACCAUACAAGGAUGGAGGAGCUGGUAUCUGGUCCACGUCAUGGGAGAAGGCCGCAAGCCGAAGUCUGCUGAAGGCGCUGCUAUGGACAAGGAGAUUGGCCGCGGCAACACCCACCGCACUGGCAACUCAAUGGACUCGGCUUACCACCUCGGAUCAUUCAAGCCAUUGAUAGAAAUGGAUCAGCUCGACAGGCGGCCUGGAACUGGAAGAUCAGCUGAAGCACCACCGCCCAUGUCCGCUGGCUUUACGAAGUCUUCGAGUCAAUUCGAUACCACCGUCUCACCCGAGCGCAGAACGAGCAGAGCCAAGAAGCAGCGCCCACCCGGAGCGAUGGGCAACAGAGGACAUCUGGCAGAAGACGAGCCGCUGGCUAACCUUGGAACGAGACCUUCAACGAAUCGCAGGCGGCCAUCCAAUGAUCAGACAAAGGCCAGCCCAGAAGAGUUUCUGACAACAGGGCUGCUUGGGCGGACAUACUCGCAGCGGCAGAGAGAGAAUGCCGAGCGGGAGAACAAGAAGGAAAGCCCCUUCACCAAUGGCUCGAAUCUGCUCAAUACUGGCUACGAUGUCAGAGAAGAGGAAUACUCCGGGCGCAGAUCCUCGGACCUGACACCCAAGCGUACACAUUCGACUCGAGCUCAACAUGCCCAUGGAGCGACCGACAGCGGCGGCAUCCACCGCUCCAAUUCCCGCGCCAGGGAGAUGCCCAAGCCUCUAGUCGACCUAACGCCCCAAUACCGCGAACCACCGCAGCACCUCAAAAAGGGCCGCGGCUACAACCCCGACGGCGGCGCAGGCGCGCUGAUCGAGAACGCCACAUCUCCCGAAGACCCACUCGGACUCCCUCCCAGCACCGACUGGCGCGCCCGCAACAAUGCCAGCGGUAGCCCACAGAGCCGCUCACCUCCACUCUCUCGCAAUCAGACAGUCAGUAGGUCUAUCAGACGACCCGCUGCAGACCAGAGCGCUUUCACAGGCGAGGGUCUGAUGGCGGGCCCGCAGGCGCAAUCGGGCUGGGGCGGAGGUACGAAGGGCAGAGGCGUGAUGGAUGGCAGUCGAGCGAAGGGGCCGAUGGUGGACUUGACGCAGCGGAAUCAGUUUGCUAAUGGGAGUCUGCUUGGGAAGGUCGAGAGGGCGGCAGGGCAGCCGCAGCCGGUCAUUGAUCGGUCGAGGGAGGAUUAG